AUGCCGAGCCCGCCACCUGGUUCCCGCAAGUAGCUCUGUGGAGCGCAGGCGAGGUGGUCGCAGCUGUGACCAUGGCCCGGGCGCUGGCCGGUCUGGCCUCGAGCUUGCAGGUCCCGCGGGUCGUCUCCAUCCCGGACUCAGACUCCGACACAGACUCGGAGGACCCGGGUCCCCGGCGCAGCGCUGGCGGCCUGCUCCGCUCGCAGGUCAUCCACAGCGGACACUUCAUGGUGUCGUCGCCGCAUAGCGACUCGCUGACCCGGCGGCGCGACCAGGAGGGACCUGUAGGACUUGAUGACUUCGGGCCGCGCAGCAUCGACCCCACACUCACGCGCCUCUUCGAGUGCUUGAGCCUGGCCUACAGCGGCAAGCUGGUCUCUCCCAAGUGGAAGAACUUCAAAGGCCUCAAGCUGCUGUGCCGAGACAAGAUCCGCCUCAACAACGCCAUCUGGAGAGCCUGGUAUAUCCAGUAUGUGGAGCGGAGGAAGAGCCCCGUGUGCGGCUUCGUGACGCCCCUGCAGGGGCCGGAGGCCGAUGAGCACCGCAAACCAGAGGCCGUCGUCCUGGAGGGGAAUUACUGGAAGAGGCGCAUCGAGGUGGUGAUGCGCGAGUACCACAAGUGGCGCAUCUACUACAAGAAGCGGCUCCGUAAGUCCAGCAGGGAAGGGGAUCUCUUGGCCCCCAAGCAGGCCGAAGGGGGGUGGCCGCCGCCAGAGCGAUGGUGCCAGCAGCUCUUCUCCAGUGUGGUGCCUGUGCUGCUGGGGGGGCCCGAGGAGGAGCCUGGCGGGCGGCAGCUCCUGGACCUCAACUGCUUUCUGUCCGACAUCUCCGAUACGCUCUUCACCAUGACGCAGCCCAGCUCCUCAGCCCUGCAGCUGCCCCCCGAGCACGCCUAUGUGGGCAAUGCUGACAUGAUCCAGCCGGACCUGACACCCCUGCAGCCCAGCCUAGACGACUUCAUGGAGAUCUCAGAUUUCUUCACCAACUACCGCCCCCCACAGACGCCCAUGGCUUCAAACUUCCCAGAGCCCCCCAGCUUCACCCCCAUGGCUGAGUCCAGCUUCAGCAGUGGGAUCCUGGCCCCGGAGGUGCCCCCGGUCUCCUUGGGGUUGCCCCACCUCCCAGGACAGAACCGCUUGCAGGCUCGGAACAACUGUCCUGGCCCCUUGGACCCCAGUGCCUUCCUGAGUCCUGACUUCCUCCUUCCUGAAGAGCCCAAGCCCAAGCUCCCACCGCCUCCUGCGCCUCCACCCCUCCUCCAGUACCCCACCCCUGACAAGGCACUGGGCCUGCAGCCCUGCACCCCGCCUCCCUUCCCUCCCAGGAUUUCAGCCCCUGCUGUGCUGCAGGAGGAGCCCCUCUUCUCCGCCAGGUUUCCCUUCCCCUCAGCCUCUCCAGGCCCGGGAGCGUCCCUGCUGCCUGCUCCCGUAGCCUUCCCAACCACCCCAGCUCAGUCCAUCCCAGGCCCUGCCCCAGGCCCCAAUCCCUUCGCCAUAGACCUGAUACCUUCUGGGUAUCCAGAGCCCACCUUGGGCUGUCAUUUCACAAUGCCUCAGGGUGUGCAGCCCAGGGCCAAGCCUCCUGCCCCAUCCACCAGGGGACCAAAGGCCAACCCCCCCACCUUGGCCCCUGCCACUGCCCGGGGCAGCAACCCCUGCCUCACACAGCUGCUGAGGGCAGGUGAGAGGGCACAGAGGGUGUCGGGGAGAGGGGGCAAAGUGGCAUGGAAGUAUGAGUAUGGGCUUUUAGGGGCAAGAGGGGUCCCAAGCGGUGCUGGGGUAGGGCCAGCCCCAGCGCCCCUCACAGUCUCCCUGUGUGCAGCCAAGACCGAGCAAACCCUGGAGCCACUGCUUGUGCCCAGCACCCUCCUCCGGCCCCCGGGGUCCCCGGUAAGACGGUGGGCAGUGGGAGGUGGGGAUGAGCCCAAGGCCUUCACCCCAACUUUUGGGCCUUCUGCAUUCCAGCAGGAGACGGUCCCUGAAUUCCCCCAUGCCUUCUUUCCCCCAACCCCGGCCCCUACACCGCCCCGGCCACCUCCGGGCCCAGCCACACUGGCCCCUCCCAGGUCCCUGAUUGUCCCUAAAGCAGAGCGGCUGUCACCAGCACCCAGUGGUAAGGACGGGUUACAGGGAUUGGGGGGAUCUAGGGGAGAGAAGAGAAGAAAGAAGGGGAACUGUGUCGGGACCAUGAUGAGAAGGACAGGGCAACAGGACCCCCUCUCCCAUGUGUGUCUGGGUGUGUCUGUCCUCACCACAGGCAGUGAGCGGCGGCUGUCAGGGGAGCUCAACUGCGUGCCUGCUCUGGGCACCCAGAGUGUGGGCGUCUCUCCCCCUCCAUCCUCCCUGUGCCGGGGCCGGCCAGACAACAGCAAGACUGAGAACCGGCGCAUUACACAUAUCUCGGCUGAGCAGAAGCGGCGUUUCAACAUCAAGCUGGGCUUCGACGUCCUCCACGGGCUUGUGAGCACACUCAGUGCCCAGCCCAGCCUCAAGGUGAGCAAGGCGACCACGCUGCAGAAGACGGCCGAGUACAUCGUCAUGCUGCAGCAGGAGCGGACGGCCCUGCAGGAGGAGGCCCAGCAGCUGCGGGACGAGAUCGAGGAGCUCAAUGCUGCCAUCAACCGGUGCCAGCAACAGCUGCCCGCCACGGGGGUGCCCAUCACACACCAGCGCUUUGACCAGAUGCGAGACAUGUUUGAUGACUACGUCCGGACGCGAACACUGCACAACUGGAAGUUCUGGGUUUUCAGCAUCCUCAUCCGCCCUCUGUUCGAGUCCUUCAAUGGGAUGGUGUCCACGGCAAGUUUGCACAGCCUCCGCCAGACCUCGCUGGCCUGGCUGGAUCAGUACUGCUCCCUGCCCGUGCUCCGGCCCAGUACGUGAGCUCCUGCCUGCCCAGUCCUCGGAGCUGUCCUGAGCUCCCUUCGCCAGCUGAGUGCGUCCACCAGUAUCCUGACCGACCCAAGCCGUGUGCCUGAGCAGGCCACGAGGGCAGUCACAGAGGGCCCGCUGGGCAGACCAUUAUAGUCCUGGCACACCCUCCGGGCACUCCCCUCCUGCCCAGGCCCUAGCUGGUGCCUUCCCAAAGUGUCCCCACCUCCUGGUGGCUGAGAAGAGCCGAGCUCUGUCCCUGCUCUGCCUCUGCCCUCUGGGCAACUUGAAACCCCUCUUCAGGGUGGGGACAGCUCAACCGACAGAUGGACUUGAGGCCUUAGCCAGCGGGACACUGGGGACCUGAGCUGGGCAACUCAGGGAGCUCGGAGGAGAGAAGGGGACAGCCUGUCUCUGGAUCACUCCUGCCUGCUCCCUGCAGGGGACACCAGGCUCCUGUAGGGCGGCUUUCCCUGAGCAAAGCCCGGGAGGGCCAAUGCCAGGGCAUCUUGUAUGUGUGUGGAUGUAUGAGUGUGGAUUUUGUAAAGAAUUCUUGAACAAUAAAAACAAAAACUUUCA